GUGUUAUAAUUGUCGUACGCGCUUGGCACAAGCUAUUUCAUACGAAUACUUCGCGCUAGUCCCAGCCGCUUCACAAAUAUGUCUGCACAAAACGAACUGUAAAAAUCAAGUCUGCCAAACUGCCAAACAACGACAGCUCUUGGGAUUAUUAAUCAACGGAAUUCCUUCUAAGUAGUGUUGUUUCAUUUUGGCUGCAAAUGAAGGCUUUCGUUCUAAUGAUGUUCGCAAUUUUGUGAAAUAAAUUAUAAUUCAAGAAGAAGUUACAACAAAGCUAAAAUGAUUUCACACCGUGCGACAACACCUUUGAGGCCAUGUUUUCUCGGACUUCUUCUGCUGCUGUGCAGUUGCGAAUAUACAGUCGGUGUUCUGGGCAAAUCGCAGAUGUGCGAGGUGGAAACGGGCCAAACUAACAUAAUACUGGAUAUAGAAGAGAGUCGAGGGAACUUCACUGGACAAACGACGACGCCGGCAGAGCUGCCCAUUUUUGGCGAUCCCUACACGGAAAUUGCGCUCGAUCUAGUCUUUCCCAAGGGACACCCGACAUUCCUACUAGAGGGGAAGAGUCUCAGGCUGAUUCAGCCACUUGACCGCGACGAGGAGAAUCUUAGUCACAUUGUGUUUCAGGUCUCAUGCACCAUUCGCGAGUCAAACAAAAAGCGUAACAUCCCGCUCAUUGUUAGGGUUUCCGAUGUCAACGACAAUGCACCACAUUUUAUGAACACACCCUAUGAGAUCACAGUACCAGAGAGCACUCCCUUGGGAACGACUGUGUAUCGGAACAUACAGGCCCUCGACAAAGAUGCUGGCGUGAAUGGACUAGUCGAGUAUUUUAUAGUUAAGGGCGAUGCGAACUCCACCGAGGAUGAGAAGCUAACCAGCGCCGAUGGCUAUGGAACCUUUGCCAUAUCAUUUCCACACCAAGGACAGGUGACAGUAGCCAAGACACUGGAUUACGAAAAGAUACAGCGCUAUUAUCUGACCAUUGUAGCAUCGGACCGUGCGCGAAAUGUCGCAGAUCGCCUGUCUUCGACCACCACGCUUACUGUAAACAUCGCCGACUCCGAUGAUAUGGAUCCGUCUUUCAUCUAUCGUGGAUGCGUGCUAUUGGAUGGUGCUUGUAUUAAUCCCGAGUAUACGGCAUCAGUGCCGGCAGGCUCGGUACAGGGCGUGCUUAAUGUUCUACCCGAACGAAUACAGGCCGUGGAUUUGGACACGAUUAGUUCGCGAAUACGUUAUAGUUUUGCAAGUGGAGUGCCUGGCAAUUACGCAGACUACUUUGAGAUUGAUGAGGAGACCGGAGUGUUGAAGCAAAUCAAAGCUGUUGAUACAUCGACAGCGAAACGAUACGACAUUGUAGUGCGAGCCGAAGAAAUCUCACCACCGCCUCGUCGCUUCACGACGGCUAAACUGACGAUUGCUGUGAAGCCUGUGGACGCAAAUCCACCGGUUAUAUCGUCGUCUGAUAUUGUGGGAUAUGUGGACGAGAACUCACCCAUCGGUACCAAAGUUGUGGAUGCGAAAGGGGUGCCAAUUACGUUAAGGACAACCGAUGAUGAUUUGGGUGAAGACGAUCCCAAACCCGACUACAUAUACGAGCUGACGACUCCAUCGUUCAACGUGACAAGCUCUGGAGUUCUGAUUGUUAACGAGGAGGGUCUCGACCGUGAUCCGCCUGCACCGGGGCGCUAUAAGUUCCAGGUCGUGGCCCGAGAGCCUCGUACAAAUGCAGCCAGUGCGCCCCUGAGCCUAAUCGUACAUCUGCGCGAUGUCAACGACAACGCCCCAAAGUUGUCCAUGGUUGCGCCUGUUUCUAUAUCGGCUGGGGAUGAGCAUGAGCAGCGACUGGUGGCACAAAUGAUGGCGACGGACAUCGACGAGGGGCCCAACGCCGAAGUGACCUACUCAAUAUACCAUGUCUCCAACAAUGGCCUCCAAAAGUUCCAUAUCAACGAACAAACCGGCGAGAUUCACACUCAGGGACGUCUGCUCGCCGGAGAGCAAUACAGCAUUACGGUGCAGGCGACAGACAUUGGAGGUCUAUCAUCGCAGGCAAUCGUGGAGGUAACUGUAACGCCGGGGCCCAACACGAAACCGCCUCGGUUUACUAACGCCCUCUACGAGGUGCAGGUCAGUGAGGGUGCCGAAAUCAACUCUACGGUCACAGUGGUGCAUGCAGACGACCCGGAAAACGAUCCCGUUGUCUACUCGAUUAUGUCUGGCAAUGAUCUGCGGCAGUUUUCUGUUGGUCAACAGAGUGGAAUCAUCAUGGUCAUACGCAAGCUGGAUCGCGAGAGCCUGACGCGCUAUCAGCUAAUUGUGAAGGCGGAGGACAAUGGCGGGUUGUCCAGUAGUGCCACAGUCAACAUUAAAGUCACCGAUAUCAAUGACAAGAAUCCCGAAUUUGAUGAGCUCACUCAGCCCUAUGUAUUCCAUGUGGACGAGGGCUUGGACGAUGCAUUCGUGGGCAUUGUACAUGCCACGGAUGCGGAUGAGGGCAUCAACGCUGAGAUAACCUACUCUAUACCCACAGAUAUUCCGUUCAGCAUCAACAACAAGUCGGGCGAGAUACGCACCUCCGACAAGUUGGACUACGAACGGUUGAGUGAAUACAAGUUUGUGGUCACAGCCAAAGAUGGUGCGCCCGAUGCACGGCUGGGAACAGCUAGUGUCACGGUCAUUAUUCACGAUCUACCCGACGAAGUGCCGAAGUUCAACGAUGCGAGCAUCAAUGUACGCAUUCCAGAGAACAUGGAAAACUUUCCGGUGGCCACAGUUCAAGCCCAUGAUCCGGACUCCGUUCCAGAAAUCACUUACGUGCUGCGAAAGGGCGACGCCGAGCUGUUUAAAGUCUCCCCCAAGACUGGAGAAGUUCGGACAACGAAGGGCUUGGACUAUGAGAAGAAACAACAGCAUCAGCUGGUUAUCGGGACAAUUGAAAAUGAUGGCGAUGCUCUCGGUGAUACGGUGCAAAUUAUAGUAGAGGUCGAGGAUCGCAAUGAUGUGAGUCCCGUGUUCAUCUCAGUGCCCGGUCCGGUGACUGUGAACGAUGACCAGCCCAUUGGCUCAGUCAUAGCAACGAUGCCCGCCAUUGAUGGCGAUGGAACUCCACCGGGCAACGUCGUUCGCUACGAGUUGGUGGGGCGUGGUAAGGCACUCAAAUACUUCCAAAUCGAUCCAGACACGGGUGCAGUUCGCAUUCGGGAUGAGCUGCGCAAGGAGGAGGACACUGAAUACCAAGUGGACAUUCGAGCCUAUGACAUGGGCGAUCCACAGCUCAGCUCUGUGGCCAUGCUGCCAGUGUAUGUUCGGCAUCUGUUAGUUGAUUCCAAUGAGGAGAGCUUCAUGGAAGGCAAGAUGGACAAUGACAAGGGCCUAGUCCCUAGCUCAGAGACAGUUGGACUGGCCUUUGGCGACGACAGCUACGUCAUUAGUGUGCCAGAGUCAACGCCUGUGAAUAGUACGCUGAAACUUAUUCAAAUCGUUAACUCGAAGAAGCCGUCCAAAGGGGCACCUAACUUCAAGUGCGAAAUUGUUCGAGGCAAUGAGUUGGGAAUCUUCGAGCUGAGCUUCGAGGAUUAUGGUUGCCUGAUAGUGCUGGCCAAGCCAUUGGACUAUGAAACAAAAACAUCCUACACACUCGAGCUACAACUGGUCUCUCAGCGGUAUUUUGUUAGUCCACGGAAGGAUCGAACGACCGUCAAUAUCAUGGUACAAGAUGAGAACGACAAUCCACCGGAGUUCAUUUUCAAUCGACUCCAUGGCCAGAACGAAACAUAUUACGCUGUGGUCACAUCGGAAAUGGACAUUGACACAACCGUACUGCAAGUACGAGCCAUCGAUCGGGACUCGGGUAAAUUUGGGUCAUUGAGAUACAAGCUCUACGAUGAAGAGGACUUUAGCAACGAGAACGAUCAAUUGCCAUCCACGUACUUCAGACUGACCGAGGAUACGGGCAUUUUGAGUACCGCAAAACUUUUCAGUGAUGCCAAGUUCCCCAUGAUAUUCUACGUGGAGGCGAGUGAUAACGAUGCCCAAGAGCAGGGGUCGCAUCACACUAGAGCACGCGUCGUCAUCAAUCAGUUGACAGACGCAAGCCGUUUGGCCUUGGCCUUCUCAGAUGCUGCUCCGAAUAAGAUCCGGAAUCACUACACAGGAUUGGAGGAGCUUUUCGAGGAGCAAACCAAAGGAUUAGUCAGUGGCAUUGAGCGAAUCAGCUAUCGCAAGUACACAACGAGCAACGGCACGGUAAUGGAGAAUCCAGAGGCUACCGAUGUUUGGUUUUAUCUCAUCGACCCAAAAUCAGAGAGGCUACUUAGCCGUAACGAUAGCAUUAUCCAGGAGACGCUGCUGGAGCCAGCGGCGGCCACGGAACUGAAUCUGGCCGCUUCGAGCUUGGCGCAUGCCAAUGCCGACGGAAUCCACGCUCCGCUUCAGAUUAGAGAGCAAGUGCACAAGAUCAAAGCAGCGAUUGCCAUCGAUGAUGAGGUGUUCUCCUUUACGCUGAUAUCCAUAUCCAUUAUUAUUCUGAUUCUGGGUACCAUUGGCAUCAUAUACAUAUGCAUAUCGUGGUCCAAGUAUAAGAACUUCAAGCAGCGCAUCCGCCAUUACUCGGCCCCGAGUCCAACGCGCUACGAUCCGGUGAUCGUAAACUCGCAGGCUACGAAUUCGAGCGAUGCAGUGGCCAACCUGAAGGAGUACGAAACCCAAAUGCUGGCCAUGGCUGUGCCACCGGAUGGCGAUGAGGACCUGCAGCUUGAUUUCAGCGCUAAGAAUCACGCUUUCUCCCUGGACAAUGUCAGCUACAUAACGCACAAGCCGAACGGUGCCGGGGAUGUACAAUCGGGCAACACUCACCUGGACUCGUCCACUGGCACAAUGUCGACAAUCCGCCACAACAAUCUGAACAACAUGAACAACAACAACAACAAUUUAACAUUGAACAAUCGACAGAAUACAUUUAACCGGACUCUGGAAAUUAACUCGCGCAACAAUGCUAACCCCCUGGCCCUCGCCGGGAACAGCAACCCAGCCACCCUAACAUUGGGUCGGAUUAAGCACCAUAAUAGUAAUCAAUAUCAGAAUGAUGGUUAUAAGUUCGACUCAUCCAGUCGGAACAAUUUGGCCAAUGCUCAAAAUAAUGGCUUCAGCACGUUGGGUAGGCGUGGCAACACCUUUGGCGGAAUGGCCUCCUUGAACGGCGGCGAGUUUAUGACCAAUACGUUAGGUCGGAAUAAUCAGCAGAAUAAUCGCAUAUAUGCUGGCGAGCUACCCAUUGCCAAUCCGUUAUUUCAAAGAUCUAACGCAGAUAUCAGUCAAAAUCAUCUGAGUUUUACCAAUGAGAACGUAAGCUUUGGUAAGCGCGACUACGGUCAAAUGAGUUUCUCAUAUCUGAACGACUUGGAUCGGUCCGAGGUGGAGACAACAACGGAGCUAUGAAUAGUAAACUAACUGCAAUUUAGUAUGAAAUUGGGUGUAUUUAUUAAUGUACAUAUAUAAUUAUGAACAAGUAUGUCAUCGCCAAUAUAGAUAUUUAGAUAGUUGUGAAUUCGAGCAAUGUCUUAGAUAAUUUAACUGAAUGAGCUGUUGCCAUUAUACUGAAAAUGUUAGCCCAACAAAAUGUAAAUAUUGUUUAAAAUAUUCAACAUGAAACUGAUAAAAUUUAACUAUUUUUGUACAUAAGCAGUCAGCAACUGCAGUCAUUAGUUUUUUGCGUACACGUAAUAUUAAGAAAGGGUCUA